AUGAAUGAUAGCAACCGCCGAUACAACGUAGAACGCUCGUGUCUGCGCUGCCACGAGCGCAAGGUUCGAUGCGACAAGGCCUCGCCCUGCAACAAAUGUGUGCGCCUUGGAGUACCUUGCCAGUACCCUGGUCCUAUGAGAGUCAAGCGUCGACCCCCUAAAACGACAGUGACCGACGUGGUGACUCGGCUGGAACAACUUGAAAGAUCCAUUGCAACCAUGGGCAGUCCGGGACCGAGCCAGCAAAAUGUUUCCUCUAUAUCUGAAACUCAAUCUUCAGCAUCCAAGGAUGAGAGCGCACAUCCAAUUGGCAUGCUGACCGAAGGCCGGCCAACCCAUCAUGGGAUCUUGGUGAACGGCGGCAGCUACAUUGACGAGCCACUUCUAUCGCGAGUACUGGAGAAAGAGAAAGGACUACAAUCUGCCAUCGGCUCACCAAGAACUGAGGGCAACGCACGGAGGAAACCACCUCCGCUGAAAGUUGACGGAAUUAUCACCAAUCCUCACCUAAUCAAUAUGGACAUAAAAGCUCUCCAGCCAGACCAGUGGCAGGCAACAAUGCUGUGGCAUACAUUCGUGAGCAGGGUAGAUCCAGUUAUCAAGGUUGUCCAUCUUCCAACUACAGUGACUCGCAUCUUUGGUGCCAUCAGUCGGCCUGAAUCUCAGAAUCUGGACGUUCAUUGUCUGCUCUUUGCUAUAUUUUUCGGUGCCACCACGGCCAGGUACUCGGAUGAACCGGAGAAUGAACAGCUCCGAGCUGAUUUGCGUCGGUACCAGCAAGGUUUGGAGCUUGCUAUGCAUCAUGCAAAUUUUUUGGACUGCCCGACAUUGACGUCGUUGCAGGCAAUGGCAAUCUACUUGACAUGCCUGCGAUAUACUAAUAGCGGUCGAUCUGUAUUUACGUUACGCGGACUAGCCAUUCGAGCAGCCCAGUCCAUCGGUCUUCACCGCGAUGGAAAGCACUUCAAGUUAAAUCCACUCGAAUGUGAGCUCCGCCGUCGACUAUGGUGGAUCCUAUACACGACCGACGCCCGUAUGGCAGAGGACCACGGAAUCACCAUCGCCGAACACGGGUUCGGCGCCGACACCGACCUCCCCUCUAACAUCGACGACCAAGACGUCAACGACGAUUUAUUAGAACCGUCCCAUUCCCAGAAACGAUGGACGGAGAUGUCAUACCCCCUCAUCAUCACGGAAAUCAACAAAAUCUGGACCCCCCUCGCGCGAGCCACUUCUGAAACUGGCGACUGCACCGAAGCAGAGCACAUAAUCAAUGAACUUAAGACCAAGCUACACGAGCGGUACCUCCAGUACCUCGACAUGGACAUCCCAAUCCAUCGCCAAGGCGCAAUGGUCGCACGAGUCCUCGUCGCCAAAGCCGAGAUGCACGUACGCCAGAAGAUCCUUCAAAUGCAAGGCGCGGCUUCCUCAUCCGCGGACGAAGCCGCGGCAUCAGAACUCCUCGGAAUGGCCGUCAACGCCCUCGAAGGGGGAUUGGAGAUGUACAGCGACAAACUACUGCACGGUUUCCGCUGGCUAACCUCAACAUACACCCAAUUCCACCUCCUCACCUACAUCCUCUGGCACCUGUGCUUGUACCCGACCGGCGCAUACGUGGAACGGGCCUGGCGCGUUGUCAAUUACCACUUUGAUCUGGUGGAUAACGAUCCCUCUUGGCCGGACCCGGGGCCCAAGUGGCCCAUGAUAGCGCAAAUGCGAGCUAGAGCGCUGCGGGUUCGUCAGGGGAAUGGUUCUCUUGAUCAGGGCGAAUUUAUUGCCCAGGAAGGGCCUGUUGAGCCUGCUGAACAGGGCUUGAGUCAGACGAAUGAGGCUUAUUUUGAUCUGGAUAAUUGGGAUCUUAAUUGGCUUGAUUUUCCGGAUUGGAAUGAUCUUGCGCAGAGUAUUGCGAUUAUGAGGCAGUAG